AUGCGUCCUCUUAGUACAUAUUACAGCCAAGAAGUUAAUUUAUACUUAGUUAAUCAUCCAGGACGCGUUAUAACUAUUUAUGAAAUUGGAAAGAUUUUUGGUUUAGCUUAUAAUAAAUCAGCAACAAUCAAUAAUGCAGUUUCAGGAUUUAGAAAAGCUGGUAUUGUCCCUUAUAACCCAGAUGUUUACUCUGAUUUUGAUUUUAUGGCAGCUUCUACCACAGAAACUCCGUAUACACCGAAUACUACAAAUAUAGUUGAUCAAUUUAUAGAUAAUCAAACUCCAUUGUCAUCUAAUGCUACAGAUACAGUUGAUCAAUUUAUUAGUAAUGAAACUACAUUGUCACCUGGUACUUAUAAUAUAAUUGAUAAACCUAUUAAUAAUGAAAUUCCAUUGUCACCUGCUACAAUUGUUGCUGCGAUUGACCAAUUUGUCUAUGAUGAAAGUCCAUUGUUGCUGGAUGAAACUAUUUUAACUGAUAAAUCUAUACCCGAUGCUAGUGUAAUAGUUUCACCAUCUGCCACAAGUUUUUCAUUUUCUCCUAGGGAUAUUUUAAGGAUUCCUCAUGCCACCAGAGCUAAAAGUACAAGGAAUAUACGAAGAGGAAAAACUGCGGUAAUUACAGAUAGUCCUUAUAAAAUAGAAUUAGAAAGUACAAAAAAUAUGAAGGGUAAUGAAUUAAAAAAGAAAAUAGCCAGAAAACUUUUUGAUAAGCCACAGAAGAAAAAAAGAAAAUGUAAUUCAAGUUCAUCUAAGGUAAUAGACAGUAAUGAUCAAUAUGCCACAGAUGAGUGCAUUUACUGCACUGAACCAUAUACUACUACUGGUAGUAAAAGUGGAGAAAAGUGGGCUAGGUGUAUUGGUUGUGCUAAAUGGUGUCAUGAGCUAUGCGGAGGAGUUGAAGACUGGACAUCAUUCAUUUGUGAUUUUUGUAGAGCUAAUAUUUCUAAGACCUAA